AUUGGUUCUAUAUCAUCCAGAAAAUUACUGAAUUAUGUUUUCCGCUGGUCGUUGUUUUUUUUUGGAAAAAAAGGUUGCUUUGCAUUAUACAGAUGAAUGAGCCCAUCUCUGUCUAGGCCAUCUAUAGCUCUUUGUGCAGUUUCAACAUAUUUGAUUUUGGCUGAAGCUUACUUAUCAACUGCGCUGCAGAUGGUGAUCUUAUGAAAUGUGCUACGAUAUUAAGUUCACCUUCAGGAAGUUCAAUUUUUGCGGGUUAGAUGAUAUUCAAUUUAAUUAUGAUGAUCCGAUCGUUUUUCAUACAGUUGUACUGUUUUUGAAAAACUUCAUCUGUGGUAGUAGCUUUUUCAUCAUGUAUUUGUUUUUACCAUGCUGUUGCACGUAUGCAUUAUACAAUUUGUAAGUUCUCAAUAUAGUGUGGAUUCUGCAUGCUCUGCGUGAUUUUACGGUUGAUUUUAAGAUGGUUCAAUCUCUGCUGGCUGCAAUUAAACACCAGGACUUAGUUAACAAAAUUUCAGUAUUAACUAAUAUUGAACAUUUUCAUCAACGUUAAGUCGUAAUGAAAAGCUGGCUUUUACAUAGUGUAAUUAUCUCUCUUGUUUUGCAGAGUAUUCUUUGUUAUGUACCAAAUGCAAUUUCCCAAACUAGAGGCAAGGUCUGGCCACAGCCGAAUAAUAUGCAGCAGACAAGUGAAGUUUUGGAAGUUUCUGGAAAAGUGGCGUGGAAAAUAGCACAAAUUGGAUAUUGGGCAUGGCAAGAUCGAUGUGACAUCAUUGAAAAAAGCAUCACAAGACACCGCAGAUGGAUCGAAGCAGAGGCGGUGGGCCAGUAUCACACACCUGCAUACAAAUCAGUCGUGGAGCGCAUCUCAGUCAAAGUUGCUCAAGGAUGCACUGAUGCGUAUCCUGAUGAAAAUAUGGACGAGAGCUACUCGAUUACAGUGUCAGCUCCCGAAGUUGUGAUCAGUAGUGCGCAAGUGUGGGGUGCACUAAGGGCUAUAGAGACUAUGAGUCAGUUGAUUUAUCCAGAUCCCCAGCAUGUCAGGUUGCUUGUAAACAGGGGGUCUGUAGUGGAUAAGCCAAAGUAUUCGUACAGAGGAUUCAUGAUAGACACUUCGAGACACUACAUUCCAAUGCAGAUCAUUAUGAAACAGUUAGAUGCGAUGGAGGCUGUGAAAUUGAAUGUUCUUCACUGGCAUUUGACAGAUGAUCACAGUUUCCCUUAUGUUAGUGAGGUAUAUCCAGAACUAUCAAGAAAAGGUGCUUAUAACCAACAUACACAUGUAUAUACAGCGAAGGAUAUCAAUGAAGUGAUACAAGAAGCUAGGCUACGAGGUAUCCGAGUGAUUCCAGAACUGGACAUACCUGCCCAUACGAGGUCAUGGAGCAAAGGACACCCAGAGAUGUUCAAUCAAUGCUCUAGGAAAAAGUUCAACGAAGGCAAGGGACCCUUGUUGGAUAUUGAAAACAGCCAAACGUUCAAAGUCUUGGAGAAGCUCAUCGGUGAAAUCAGCAAUGUAUUCAGAGAUAAGAAUUUCCAUUUAGGAGGAGACGAGUUUUACCAUGACUGUAUUCCUGGAAGCACACCAAGUAUUGUUAAUUUCUUUCAAGAGCUGCGGAGUAUUAUUGGUCGAGUAUCAGGCUCAACAACUAUUCGAGCUAUGUUUUGGCAAGACCUGCUAAAAAUGGGAGCUACAGUGCCUCAAAACUCAAUAGUCAACGUCUGGAAACACUGGGUUAAUGACGAACAUUAUCUUAAACAAGCUAUUUCGACAAGUAACAUCAGUAUAAUCGUAUCGCAUCCUUGGUACCUUGAUAAUAUGUCAAGGGGUGAAAAGUGGCGACUCAAUUAUGACGUGGAAAUGUUCAAACAGCUUGGUGAUUCGAAAGUCCGAAGUCGCGUUAUAGGCGGACAGGCGUGUCUUUGGGCAGAAUUUGUAGAUGCUACGAAUUUUUUGCAGUGGGCGUGGCCUGACGCGGGCGGUACCGCCGAGAAUCUUUGGUCCGAUAAGGUACCCAGCUCCAAAUCAGGAGACGUUCAAGAGAGAAUGAAUGAGCUCCGUUGUAGAUUGAUUGUAAGAGGCAUACCGGCUAGACCAAUUCAGGCAGGAUUCUGUGACACGGAAUGGGCUUACUAAAUUCGUCUACUUUAAUUUUUUUUACUGUUUGUCAAAGUAUUUCUAUGAUUUCCAUGUUGUCUGAUUGGUGACUUUAUAUUAGUUAAAAUGGAUUUUAUUUCUUGA